UGUACCCGCCUCCUUUCUUCCUGUUCAUUGGCUCACGUCUGAAAAUGUCGACUGCUGAUAGGAUACAGCAAAACAUUUCCGCACGUCGUUAGAUUGACUCGUUUGUUUAUCCCGGUAGAAUGACGGUGCAUCGAGAGGUUCUGUAACUUUUCCCACAAAAUACGAAAGCGUUAUUAAAGUCGGAAGCGGCAGUGUGAGUGUUGACGGACGGAGUGAUGGCCUCGUAUUUUGACGAACAUGACUGCGAACCGACCAACCCAGAGGAGCAAUACCGACAGAACGCUUUGCUUGAACUGGCAAGGUCACUAAUGCAGGGCAUGGACAUUGACCUGGGCCCAUUUGAAGUAUCAGAUUGGGAUAAUCGCCUCCCUCCUCCCGCUGCCCGAGCUAUCACUCAGAACCUUCCGACGGUUGUCAUCACCCCGGAGCAAGCAGACAAGGGCCUGAAAUGUCCGGUGUGUCUACUGGAGUUCGAGGAGCUGGAGACGGUCCGGAAGAUGCCAUGUGAACACUUCUUUCACGCCGGGUGCAUUCUGCCCUGGCUGGGGAAGACCAACUCUUGCCCUCUGUGUCGCCUUGAGCUUCCCACAGACAAUCAGGAGUAUGAGGAGUUCAAGAAAGACAAGGCGAGGAGGAAGCAGAAGGAACACAGGUUAGAGAAUCUACACGGAGCCAUGUACACGUGACUGCAGAGGCUCUGCAGUCCACCGAGGGGCGCCGUGAAACGUGCGUUUCCUUUUAUUUCAAUUCACGGAAUCAAGUUUCAAACAUUGGGGCACAGCACCGUUUUAUAUUUAUACACAAGUAUAUAGGUGUAAAUGUAGCCCAUGCUGUAAUAAAAAUAUAUUCAGAUUGUUGUAUAAAGAUAUUUUGUGCAAUGUUAUAUGAAUAUGGAAAUGAAAACAUGUGUACAACAGUGGACCAAAGCAAAACUACAGUUCCAGAAUGGUGUGCAUAAACAGUGGUGGCCUGUUAUAUACCAUCGAAACAUGAAUUCCAAUGUGGUUGUUUAAAAAAAAAAAAAUGUAAAUGCACUAAACCGUUUUUUUUUUGUAUUUUGUUAAAAACAAUCAUUGAGAAAG